AUGAGUCAUACUAUUGAUAUUUCCUUUCGAUAUACGGCAUGCAUGUCACCAUCAUUGAUCGAAGUCUUACCUCCAACUGUUGGCCAAGUAAGCUCAAUUACAAAUGCAUCAAAGCCAGUCGAUGGACAGUAUUCUAUAAUGUUCAAUGGACGACUAUAUUAUCCGAUUCCAGCGAAAAUAACUGCAUCGAAUUUGGCUAAUCUAUUUCAAUCAUUUUCCGAUUUUGGUUAUGUAGUUGUAGCUCGUACAGGAGAGUGUGCUCAGUAUUCAUACACGAUUCAAUGGUUAACCAAUGGUCAACAACCACUUAUCUCAAUCGCAAAUUCGUCUGAAGUAAGACCAAUUGAUGCACCAAUGAUCGUUUCUUCAAUACGACGUGGUAGUACUAUUAAUGUUUUCUAUAAUCUUCCGAAUGAUAUACUACGUACCUAUCAUAGAACUCCUCAGGUGGAGGUACUUGUCGGUGGCUAUCCGUCUUAUUGUUCGAACGAGAAUAAUAAUUGUGAAUUUCAAUGGUCAAUCGACCAUACACCUACAAUUAUAUCCGUUGAACAGAAUGGAACAAUGGUAACUAUACAUGGUACUGAAUUUAGUGACGAGCUAGAAGCAAAUAUGAUUUUGAUUGUGAAUUUGAGUGCGCUACCGCCUGGGCUUUAUCCAAUUACGGUUCGUACUUCAAUGGGUUUUGCCGGACCUCUUUUUCAUAUUGAAUACAGAUUCUAUGUACAAGAAGUGUCACCUCAAAUUGGCUCUGCCUAUGGUGGCACCGAUGUUUAUGUUCAAGGAGCGGGCUUUGAAAAUGGGACAAGUAUUCAAUUCCGUCAUCGAAACAAUCGUCUCUUCCCUUGCAAUAUUGUUUCAAUUCAAUCGAAUCAAAUUCAUUGUCAAACAGUAUCUACUACUGGUCAAGUGACCAUCACAUCGAAUGGUAUUCAUCCGACAUAUGGCUUUGGUUAUGCUUGGUUUCCUAGUCGUGAAACAGUGCAACAAGGAACCGUUGUUACCUGGUAUUGGAGUUCAGUCGAACUUCGUUCACCAGUUUAUUACAAGAUACAACAAGUAACAAAUGCGUAUAGUACUGAACCAGUACCAAACGGAUUUGAUUCUGGUUCAGCGACAUCAUCUGGUAAGCAACAUCUAAUCGAAAUUACAUGCAUGCCCUUAUCUCG